AUUGUAUCUAGCAAAGAUAAAAUUGCAUCUGAAUGGGAAAGGUUAAGUAAUAAUCUAUGUUCAGAGUUUAAGUCAAAGUAUAACUAAAAUUUGAUGUUUUAGUGAUGAUGGUUUGCCUUAUUAUCUUAAAUCAUGCUUGUUAAUUGUAUUUUGGAAUGUUUCCUGAAGACUAUGAAAUUAGAUUGGAAAGACUCAUUCAACAAUGGAUAGCUGAAGGGUUUGUUAAAUAUGAAAGGGAAAACCCUUUUUUAUUCUGUUAAUCUUCAUUCCAUUUGGUGGUAUUGAUGAUGGUAAAUAUAAUGGAUCAAGCUCAUUUGAGGGAGUGAGGCCAAUAUAUUUUGAAAUGAUGUAAGAAAUUCUGUCAAAAUCUUACUGAAUUUCUCAUUUGAAAGAAUUUACUGUUUCAUAUGCUUAUUUUUAAAUAGAUUUAUCAAAUUAAAAUAUAUUUUUAAAUAAUUUAACCUGUGUGCGAGUGACAGAACUAGAAUCGGAUUCUGGCAAAUAAAUUUCUGUGUGCUCUUGAUUAAUAAUAAACAAUCAUGUUGUCUCAAAUAAUUGCUUAUACAUUCUCUCAUCCAUCUUAUCCAAUAAUGCAUCGUAGUUCAGAGAUAAGACCUCCGCUACAAUACAGUACCCUGUCUUCAUCUCACAGUACAGCCAAAAUCAGAUCUAAACUCAGAUGGCGGAAAUGGCUGUGUCUCUUGCUGUUGAUCAUCUGCUUCCACUGCUAAAGGGAGAAGCCAAUCUGCUCAAAGGCAUUCACAAAGAAUUUGCAGACAUAAAAGAUGAACUUGAAAGCAUCCAAGCCUUUCUCAAGGACGCAGAUAGAAGGGCAGUGGCAGAAGGAGAAAACACAGAUGAAGGAGUCAAAACAUGGGUGAAGCAGGCGAGAGAAGCAGCUUUUCGGAUAGAAGAUAUCAUUGAUGAAUAUCUUAUCUACGUUGGAAAGAAACCUCAUGAUCCCGGAUGUGUAGUCUCACUCAACAAGAUUGCUCACUUGAUCAAAACUCUGAUUCCUCGUCACCGAAUAGCAUCUGAGAUUCGGGAUAUUAAGUCACAUGUCCGAGGAAUCAGGGAAAGAAGUGAAACAUAUUCUUUCGAACGAGGAUCAAGUAGUUCUGGAGGAAGCCAAAAUGUAAAAUGGCAUGACCCCCGAAUCGCCUCCCUCUUUGUUGAGGAGGCUGAGCUUGUGGGCUUUGAAAAACCAAGAGAUAAAUUGAUUGGUUUGUUGGUAGAAGGUCCAGAAGAACGCACUGUCAUCUCUGUGGUAGGAAUGGGAGGACAGGGUAAGACCACUCUUGCAAACAGAGUUUUCAACAACCCGAAGGUGACUUGCCACUUCGAUUUUCAAGCAUGGAUCACAGUAUCUCAGUCCUACAGUGUGGAUGAGUUGCUGAGGAACCUGUUGCAAAAGCUUGGCACAGAAAAAGAGGAGACUAUUGAAAUGGAUCAAGAAGCAUUGAUUAAAGAAACGAGAAACUGCUUGCAACAGAAGAGGUAUGUUGUCGUGUUUGAUGAUGUAUGGAAUCCACAUUUUUGGGAUGUUAUUCAAUUCGCUCUAUUGGAUAAUAAAAAUGGAAGUAGGAUACUUAUUACAACUAGGAAAGAAGAUGUUGCAAUGUCUUGUAAGAAAUUUUCUUCUGUUCAUGUGCACAUGUUGGAACCUUUAUCUCAUGAAAAAUCUUUGGAGCUAUUCUAUAAGAAGACAUUUCAACAUGAUUUCAAUGGACGUUGUCCAGAUGAUUUGGUGGAAAUAUCUUGUGAAAUCGUUGAAAAAUGUAAGGGCUUGCCACUAGCAAUUGUGUGCAUUGGUGGUCUUUUAUGUUCCAAAGGAAUAUCUACUGCACUUGAAUGGAAAAGGUUUUGUAAUAAUCUAAGUUCAGAGUUGGGGAAUAAUUCCAGUAUAAAUAAAAUUUUAGGCUUUAGUUAUGAUGAUUUGCCCUACUAUCUUAAGCCAUGCUUGCUGUAUUUCGGAAUGUAUCCUGAAGACUAUGCAGUUAGAUCGAAAAGACUCAUUCGACAGUGGAUAGCUGAAGGGUUUGUAAAAUAUGAAAAGGGGAAAACCUUGGAAGAAGUUGGACAGCAAUAUUUAAGAGAGUUGGUUGGUCGAAGUUUGGUGCAAGCACGUUCAUUUACCAUUGAUGGAAAAGUUAGUGUUUGUCAAGUUCAUGACUUGACCCGGGAGAUGAUCCUUGAAAAAUGUAAGUAUUUAAGAUUUUGUGAGUAUAUUGGUGAAGACAGUGAGCUAGUGUCAAGUGGAGGUAUAACUCGGCGCCAAUCACUUAAAACCACAUCUUAUGUUUCCAUGGAAAAUAUUGAGGGCUCACAUGUUCGGACACUGUUUUUCUUCUUCAGUGAUAUAAAGCCUAUUUUCUCAACCAGCUGGGUGGAAGAACUCCCCAAGAAAUACAAGCUAUUGAAGGUACUUCAUUUUGAAACGGCUUACAAGUGGUUUUUCUUUCCCAAAAGUUUGGGAAAUUUCAUGCACCUUAAGUAUUUAAGCUUCGAGUAUUUACCCAUUGAUAGUCUUCCAAAAUCCAUUGGUAACCUCCAGAACCUAGAGAGCUUGAAUAUAAGCGGUACACUCAUCAGAAUCUUGCCAAAGGAAAUCUACAAGCUUAGAAAGCUAAGAUAUCUUUCGGGAACCCUGCUGAAAUUGAUUCAAAUGAAGGAUGGCAUUGAAGGAAUGACUUCCCUCCAAACAUUGAAGAAGGUGAGUAUAACCUAUGAUGAUAGAUUUGAGCUAAUUACUAGAGAGCUAGAAAAGCUGAGGCAGUUAAGGAGCUUAAGCCUGAUUGAUAUUGCCACAGAACAUGAAAACGCUCUUUGUUCCUUACUAAAUCAGAUGCAACACUUGGAGGAACUAUGUAUUGGUUUUGGUUUGUUUUUUGGUGGUGUUAUUGAUUUGAGUUUGGUUUCAUCCCCUCCUAAGUUUCUUUGGAAGCUUCGCCUUGAACUGAAGUUGAAUAAGUUGCCAGAAUGGGUUCAAGAGCUGCCAAAUCUUGCAAAAUUAACCUUGCGUUGGUGCGAGUUAAUUGAAGAUCCACUGAAAUCAUUAAAAAAUCUUCAAAAUUUGAUGUACCUCGAUAUUGGAUUCGAAGCUUAUGUAGGUGAAAGUUUGCAUUUUCAAGGAGAGUUUCAGAACCUAAAGGAACUAAACCUAAGUCGUUUAGAUAACUUGAAUUCCAUUGUCAUAGAGAAAGGAGCAAUGAGUUCUUUGGAAAGGCUAACCUUUUAUAGUCUUUUCUUACUCAAGACCGUACCCAUUGGCAUUCACAACUUAGAGAAACUUCAAGUUUUCCAAGUGGAGGGGGAGAUGUCAGCUGAAUUUUUGGACAACAUUGCUCCUGAUGGAGGACAAGAUCGCUGGAUCAUACAGCAUGUGCCCUAUGUAAGCAUUGAUGCUCAGGUUAUGGAAACCAAACCUUAGAAAUAAAUAAAAGGUAUUAGACUUCCCAGGUAUGGAAAUUCAAAAUCUCCAUGUGGCCUUCGACACCAACUAGAGUUUGUGGAUUUGUUGAAAUCAAGUGUAAAUUGAGUUUCACAUAGAAUGAGAUAUGGGCAAGUUAGGGAUCUAUAAAGAGAUAGACCCAAACACCCAUUACAUUAAAGUUUUGGAAUUGAAUUGUGAUGUUCUACCUGUUAUGAGGCUCUCUACCUAAAAAAUUGUCCAUCCAACCGAUGUGGGUAGAAAAUGUCAAAUCUUAGUUGUAGAGUUGUCUUCCCUUGACAAAGAAAUAUGAAACCUGUGAAAAAUGAAUGAUUUCUUGUUUGGAUUCAACUUCUUUGUGAUGUCUCAUGUUAUGAGUUUUUCUCUUAUGGAUUCUAAGACCUUGUUUAUCAGUUAAAAUCUGUAGUUUUAAUGUUGAACAAGGAACUAGAGCUUCAUAUAAUUUCUUUGUUUUUCUAGGAUUUUACCUGCUUUUUUAAUUCUAUUGUUUUCUGAAAAAUUUCCUCUAG